AUGUUAAUCCGGGAUCAAGAGAGGAUAGUGAAUAUGAACUACAUCUACAACUGCAACGACACAGAGGCUCUGUGGAUGCUUCGAAUGAAAAGAGCACCUUUUGCCAUGCUUGUGCGGACGUUUAGGAGCAGGGGGCUGCUAGAAGAUAGCAUGCACACCACUGUGGAAGAGCAAGUUGGCAUGUUCCUCCAUGUUGUUGGUCAUAACCAGAGGUUCAGGGUUGUACACAACACCUUCAGGAGAUCAAUGGAGACCAUCUCCAGGUCCUUCAAGCAAGUGUUGUAUGCUGCUGGGGAGCUCAGAGGAUGGAUGAUCAGAGUGCCGAGGUCACAAGCUGCAACAUAUAGAGGUAGGAAGCACUACACAAGGCAGAAUGUGCUAGCUACUGUUGACUUCGAUCUGAAGUUCACAUAUGUGCUGGCUGGCUGGGAAGGAUCAGCACAUGGUGCUAACAUUCUCAAUGACGACAUGAGUCGUCAUGAUGGCAUCAACAUCCCCGAUGGCAAGUUCUACCGUAGAGAUGUUGGCUAUGCAUGUCGGCCAGCUGUUCUUCCACCCUUCAGGAAAACCAGGUACCAUCUGAACAAGUUUGCUGGUAGGAACUAUCCUAGGACUCCUCAGGAACUAUUCAAUCGCAGACACUCCAGCCUUAGAGUGACUGUUGAGAGAGCUUUUGGAGCUCUGAAGAACAGGUUUAAGAUACUGGAUCAGAAGCCAUUCCACCCUUACCCUACCCAGGUGAAGCUUGUUCUUGCAUGUUGCAUCAUUCACAACUGGAUCCUGCAAUGGGGAGUUGAUGAAUUUGUGCCAGAGGAGGAAGAUGUGACUCCUGAUGAGGUGAUCAACUCCGGCCAUGGAGUGGAGGCGUUCGACAAUGAAGCGUGGAAGAACAAAAGGUUGGAGUGGGCUCAGGCAAUGUGGGAUAACAGAGUUCAAACAAGGAUCUGUAGUAGAAGAACAAGUGGAAGAAGAAGAAAGAGGCAACAGCAGAAGCGAGGAAAAGGAAGUAGCACAUCAGCAGCAGAGGAAGAGGAACAUGAGGAGGAAGCACCAAGUUAG